CAUAGUUAAUGAAUUCUGGUGCGCUGCCCUAUUUAAUCAACAUAAAGACAGGUAGGGGGCGCUACACAAAGUGGGGGCUCGUCCGGGAUCUCCCUCUGGCAAGUCACAACUGAGUUCCUGAAAGAAAAGAAGAAAAAGAAAAGUUAAGCUCAAGCAUACCCUGUUGUUGAAUUUUAAGAGACUGAGAACUGCAUACAGUGUUGUCAUGGCUCUAACAAAAGACCCAUUCCUCCAAGCAGAGUUGGCCAACUGGUGUAAAGAUGCUGGCAUUGAUGAGACUCAUGGUUUAAUGCUUUUAAAUGUACCUGUUCACACAGAAGUGGCUGAAAUUGAAGAGGCGAUGGAAGCCGUAAAAGCGUUAGGAAGAGUUCGUGUAAGAGACACGAGAGAAGGACCUACCUCACGUUCUCUGCUGGUAUUGUGUGAGUGCAAACAAGCCAUUGACCCUAAGCGCAUACCUACUGAAGUGUCCUGGGGAGAAAAGAAUGAGCCAUGGUCAGUCAUAGUAAUUCAGACACAGGAAUCUGCAUCUGACACAGCUACUGGAGAAUUUACUGAAAAGCUUGCAAAGUUCUUGAUGGAAGAAGGAAAGUCUCUCAGUGAUAUACAAGCUUUGAUUUCUCCUCCCAGUGCCCCAGACAGUUCCCCUGAGUCGAUUAUACGCGCCAUGGGUGAGGUCUUUGCAAAAACAGUAAAGCUCCCAAGUGACAGCAACGCUUAUCGUCGCCUGCGCACCUUAUUCAGCCGCUGUGUUCCAACCCCUGUGGGAGAGGAGAAUAUGGAAACUUGGAUGGACCAAGCCAGGCUGAUGAUAACUGAGUGUGACUGCUCUGAAAAAGAAAAAAGACAAAGAAUUGUGGAAAGUCUCAAGGGAACUGCAUUGGACAUCAUAAGAGCUGUUCGAUUUUCAGAUCCUGAAGCAAGUGCUUUGCAGUAUUUGGAAGCGUUGGAGAGCACAUUUGGAUCAUCUGAAUCUGGUGAGGAUUUAUACUUCAAGUUUCGUCUUAUGCGCCAGGGCACAGGGGAGGCUUUGUCUGAAUUUCUGAGAAGAAUGGAGAAGACCCUUAGCAAAGUAGUGGAAAGAGAGGGACUGUCCCUCAGACUGAACAGCGGCCAACACCAUCCCAGUCUGCCUCCACGUCCUUAA